AUGGACUGGACACCCGUUAACUGGCCUGCCUCUCCUGGGGUGGUGACCAGUCCAACUGAUGGAGGAGAGUGGCCAUCCAUCACAGAGAGCAGCAAGUCCAAUGCCUCUGCAUACAGUGUUGCCGUAUGCGAGAGGAGUUUGGUCCCUAAGCCUUGGGUACAGGUACUCCGAAGUGAGGACUCUCCAAAGGAGGCAUUGGUGGUUGAUAGUCGUAAGGUUGGGUCGAUACACGUUGAAGGGAUUGGUCAUCAUAAGGACAUGGUAUUGGACGAGCUACAGGCCACUGCAAUAUUGGGUACAGUGGUAUGCCCUAAUGGGGAUAGCGGUAAUAGGAGUGUGGUCUCUCGUUCAUACCUCGUACUGUGUACUGAUGCUGCUCCUGUUGCCCUUCUCCCUGGUGGCCAUACAAUAAUGGAAGUACGGUGUGCUAGGUGUAUACCCUAUAGGGCAAAGGCUGUUGCCAACUAUCAGUCCACGAGUGCUGUUGGUCCAAUCGGGCAGCCGGUAGCACCAGGAGUGUCUCGGGAAGCCGAUGAAAGCAUCCUCCCGGAUGUCAUCGCUAAACGCGUUGAACGGCUAAUUGCUGGUGGUGGUUUUUAUUACUGUCGUACAUACGACAUAACUCAUGGUCAACAGUGGCAUGCUGAGCACAAUAAUGAGGGUAUAUGGGAUACAGUAGAUCCGCUCUAUUGUUGGAAUAGAGCGAUGAUUGUGAACAUGCUUGGGGCCACUCAUUUGGGAAGACCCGAUCAAUGGUGCACUCCGUUGAUGCAGGGCUCUGUGUGUGGACCCGCUACAGUCGGUAAAGGGUAUCGAGUUAUGUUGAUAGGCAGAAGAAGCUGUGCUAGGCCUGGGACUAGGUAUCAUCAUAGAGGUAUUGAUGACGAGGGCCAUGUUGCUAACUAUGUCGAGACAGAGAUGUUAGUAUUACGGGAGGAUAAAGAGAUUGUAGCGGCCCAUACCCAGAUUAGGGGGUCAAUACCUGCAUUCUGGCAGCAAGAAGGAAGUACUAUGAAACUGGACAUCACUAGGAAUGCUAGACUUAGUGCAUCUGCAUACGAUAAGCAUAUACAGUGCAUACUAGAUCGGUAUGGUCCACGUGGAUGCCUCUUCGUAAACCUACUAUCGGCCGGAAAGGGACAGGAACAAAGGCUUACCGAUGCCCUCAAGGACAUCAUGGAAGGGUCACACUUUGCAGAGGAUGGAGUAUUCAGUAUCAUAGACUUUGACUUCCACAAGAUGGUUAAGGAACGAGAUGUUGAUUCUGUAUUGGAUACGAUCGUAUCAUCUGGAGCGGCUAAGGCCCUUGAGUUCCAAUGGUGGCAGCCUAGUGCUCGAAUGAAGCAAGUUGGGGUCAUCAGGACCAACUGUUUAGAUUGUCUAGACCGAACAAAUGCUGGUCAACUCGCGUUCUCAUGUUUUAUCUUACGUAAAAUUUUAACGGGGUUCGGUGUGAGAUGUGAUGAUAGUAAUGAUCCGAAGAAGGUCCUUACUACCCUAUGGGCUGAACAUGGGGAUCAGAUCGCUAUGCAUUAUACUGGCACUGGCUCGGUCCUCACUGAGCUGGUUACGACAGGUCAGAACUCCUGGCAGAACUCGAUACAGCAGAUGCUCAGAAGCGCCAACCGGUAUGUGAAGAACAACUUUGGAGAGGACCGCGAUAGGCAAUCGGCAAUAGAUGCCUCUCUAGCCCUAAACCUUCGAGAGCCUAUCAAGAAUAACGUUGAGCCUGGGAAAACACACUCAUCGCCAGCAUCAAAAGGGGUCCAGUCGGAAAAGGAAGCUGGUGGUAUGCUCGACACAAGUGAUAACGUAGAAGAGGAUAGUUCAGAGCUCUCUAGCGCUGGAACAGCAGAUACAGCAGAGAGUCCUAGGUUAUCUAUAUGGGUGGGUACAUGGAAUAUAAAUGCUAGUAGGGCAUGGAAUGCAGAGGACCUGAGUAGCUGGUUCAGACUAUCAUAUCACCAUCCUAGUCCUGGUAGUGGUGAUCAUGAUGAUGAUAAAGAUUCCCACCUCAGAGAUAUAUACGUUAUUGGUAUGCAGGAGUUUGUUGAUUUGGAUGCGACCGCUAUAAUAAAGAGAGGCUUUAAGAUGAUGACCAGCAAGUUCGAGGGUGAGACAGAGCAUGAAGUUAGGAGGGCUCAGUUCAAUCGUGCCUUAUGCAACAUCUUUGAUAACUAUCAGAAGAGGCAGGGUAUACCUAGACAAGAUAGAGUGCACUAUACGGAAGUGCAGUGUAUAACGAUGGUAGGACUGUACAUAUCAGUAUGGGUUAAGGAGUCUCUAGCUAGGGAGAUAUCUCAUGUCCAUACUAAGAAGAUUAAAGGAGGCUUAGGUGGUGCUCAUGGAAAUAAGGGCGGGGUACUACUGAGCAUGAAACUUCAUAACACUCUCAUAUCGAUGUGUAGUGUACAUCUAGAGGCUGGUGAAAAGUUGAUGGAUAUACGAAAUGAUCAACUGCAUAUGAUAACGAGUGAAUACCGCCAACAGAUAAGGGAACAGUACGCAAUAAUGGGGAGUAUUAAACGGCGAGUCCUCUUCCUAUUGGGGGACUUCAAUUUCCGUCUCAACUGUGAUAGAGAUACAGCAGUGGAUUUGCUUGACAAAGGGGACUUCGAGAGGCUAGCACAAAACGACCAAUAUUAUCAAGGGGAGUGUACAGACAGUACUCUAAUCGAGUGCAAUGAGGGGAAGAUAUCUGACUUCAUGCCCACCUACAAGUUUGAACCCGAGACUAUGCAGCUUGCCGUCAACAGAUGCCCGAGUUGGUGUGAUAGAAUAUUCUUCCAGUGUACACCACAUAAGGCUCUCAUUAUUGAUACAUAUCAGUCUCAUCACAAGUAUAUCUCGUCGGAUCACAAGCCGGUCAGUGCCACAUUCGAAUUGGCUGUUGACCUUCCCACUAUCCGUUCGCCAGUGAGAGUUAAACGACGACCAGCGAGGAGGUCUGCUCCAGAGGCACCGACACAGCAAGCCAGCAGGGCGUCGAACGCAAGCUCAGUGCCUGAGGUGGACUUGCUAUCUUGGGUAUCUGAGCCUGAGAUAAAGUCUAGAGUUAUUAACACUACCACAACUCCUGCUGUUCCUAGUAGCAAUCUUACGGAUGACUACUUUGGGCCAUUCGAGAGUGCAACCCCUUCUUCAUCUGAGGUGGGGUGGAAACCGAAUAGAUUGGUGGAGGAUGAUUAUGUUGUGGUCGACGAUAACUUCUAUGCUUGUACCAGCAGUAACGAGGGUACUGUCCAUGAUACACGAGAGGAAGAACAGAGGUCUCCUCCAUCACAGAGUCACUCUACAGUACAGGAGCCUCCAGACUUACUACUUUAA